GGAGGGAGGACCCUGCGAAAGCUGCGACUAUCCCUCGGGGCCAUGGACUCGGACGCCAGCCUGGUGUCUAGCCGCCCGUCGUCGCCAGAGCCCGAUGACCUUUUCCUGCCGGCCCGGAGCAAGAGCAGUGGGGGCAGCGGCUUCACGGGGGGCACCGUGUCCUCGUCCACGCCCAGCGACUGCCCGCCAGAGCGGAGCGCCGAGCUGCGCGGCGCCAUGGGCGCGGCGGGCGCGCACCCGGGGGACAAGCUGGGCGGCGGUGGCUUCAAGUCAUCCUCGUCCAGCACCUCGUCGUCCACGUCGUCAGCGGCCGCGUCGUCCACUAAGAAGGACAAGAAACAGAUGACUGAGCCCGAGCUGCAGCAGCUACGCCUCAAGAUCAACAGCCGCGAGCGCAAGCGGAUGCACGACCUCAACAUCGCCAUGGACGGGCUGCGCGAGGUCAUGCCGUACGCGCACGGCCCGUCGGUGCGCAAGCUCUCCAAAAUCGCCACGCUGCUGCUGGCGCGCAACUACAUACUCAUGCUCACCAACUCGCUGGAGGAGAUGAAGCGACUGGUGAGCGAGAUCUACGGCGGCCACCACGCCGGCUUCCACCCAUCGGCCUGCGGCGGCCUGGCGCACUCGGCGCCCCUGCCCGCCGCCACCGCGCACCCCGCGGCCGCCGCCCACGCGGCGCACCACCCGGCGGUGCACCACCCCAUCUUGCCUCCGGCCGCCGCCGCCGCCGCCGCCGCUGCGGCCGCCGCCGCGGUGUCCAGCGCCUCCCUGCCCGGCUCCGGGCUGUCGUCGGUCGGCUCCAUUCGGCCCCCUCACGGCCUGCUCAAGUCUCCGUCGGCGGCGGCGGCAGCCCCGCUGGGGGGCGCGGGCGGCAGCGGCGGGGGCGGCGGCGGCUUCCAGCACUGGGGCGGCAUGCCUUGCCCCUGCAGCAUGUGCCAGGUGCCGCCCCCGCACCACCACGUGUCGGCCAUGGGCGCCGGCAGUCUGCCGCGCCUCACCUCCGACGCCAAGUGA